AUGCUUGGUAUCUACAAGUACAAAGAUGAUCUCACGGUGCCAGGCACCACAGUUCUACUGGGAGAUAAUGCAGUGCUUGGAUUUUGGGGUUUAAAAAGCAAAGCGAAGGACUCGGAGGUCAUUCUCAUCCCACAGCCUUCGAAAAGUCCAAAUGAUCCUUUGAACUGGCCAACAUGGAGAAAACAAGUUCACUUCUGGUCAUUAUUUUGGUUCUCAACAAUUAUGACUUCAUGUGCUAAUUUCGUGGGUCCCAUCUAUACCAACAUGGCUAUAGACUUCAAUGUCUCGUACAAUGCUCUGAACACUGGUGCCGGUGUAGCUUGGUUGAUGUUGGGUGUGAGUUGUUUGUUUUCUCAACCUCUAGCUCGCAAAUUUGGAAGACGUCCUGUUUACCUUUCCGCGACCCUUCUCGUCGUGAUUUCUGGUGUGGUGUUUGGAUCGCCUUAUACCUUUGGAAGUUACAUGGCUUACAACGUCCUGGUGGGUAUUGGAUCAGGUCCAGUAGACUCUUUGAUUGAAGCGUCCAUUGCUGACAUUUUCUUCCUUCACCAACAUGGGAAGUACAUGGCUAUUUUUUCCUUAGCUCUUGGAUAUGGCAGUGGAUUUGGUCCUUUGAUCGCUGGAUACGUGUCACAGAAUAUGAGCGUUCAGUGGUGUGGAUUUCUGACGGCCAUCAUCGCUGGUUCAUUUCUCGUGUUUCAAAUAUUCUUCCUUGAGGAAUCUUUAUUCCAAAGGAAAAUAGACGAAGAGACAACUCAGAAUCUUCUAACUGUCGCUCUCUCAAAUGUUUCUGGAGGUGGUCUUGCUGAUUCCAAGAAUCUGAUCCAAGAAGAGAUCAAGCAAACUCCAGAAGACUCAUCAAGUCUUACAUCCAUGAAGCCUCGAACCUUUUUGCAAAGGAUGAAACCAUUUUCUCUGUUCGAAUCGGAAAAUGUUGGAAUUAUUGGUUUCAUAUUUGGUCCUCUGGCAACAGUAAGAUAUCCUGCUGUCAUUUGGGCCGCCAUUGCCUAUGGUAUUCAAUGCUGGUGGCUUUCCUUGAUAUCGCUUUCUGAAUCUGAAUUUUACGCUGUUCCUCCAUACAACUUCUCAAAUGAUUCGUUGGGAUUGCUUAACAUUGCAAUGAUCAUUGGUACAACAUUUGGCACUUUGUAUGCUUCAACGUCGGACACCUUCAUGUUUUGGGCUACAAAAAGAAAUAAGGGGAUCUUUGAGCCGGAACCACGUCUAUGGAUGAUCUCUGUGCCUCUCUUCUUCAAUGUGGUUGGUAUAUUCAUGUACGGUCUCGGUCCCUACUACGGGGUUCAUUGGAUCGUUGGGGCAAUUGGUAUAGUGAUGAUAGGUAUGUCGAUGUCGAGUAUUACAGCUCUGGCUUUGACUUAUGUUAUGGAAUGUUACCCAGCGCAGCUUGCUCAGUGUAUGGCUUUCAUUCUAUUUGUGAGAAACAUUGUGGGUGCAAUAUUUACCUGGGUGUUUCAAUAUUGGAUUGAUGGUGUUGGCAUGGUCGGCACUACUGUCAUGUUGGCGGUCUUCUGUCUUGUAGUCAAUGGUGUGUUUCUUCCUUUCAUCCUCUGGGGAAAAACUUGGAGAAAACGCACCCAGAAAUGGUACUCAAAGCAUCUAUAA